GACGAGGGCUCUGGGGCUGUGUCUGUGUGUGCAGAGAUAGUCGACGGCCAGCUGGGAGUGUCAGCCAGUGUAGCACUCUCCACUACCUCUGAAUCAGCCUCUGACUCUGUCGACUAUGAGCCACUAGUGGGUGAAACCCUGUCAUUUGGACCAGGAGAUCGCGAAUCAUGUGCCACCAUCGUGAUAAUAGACGACGACGUCACCGAGCCUAUGGAGUCAUUUGUUGUCUUCUUUGAACCACUGUCACUAUUUGUGACCAUUGAUAAUGGAGGCGACACAUUUUUACAAGUCACCAUUACAGAUGAUGACAAGAUUGUGGUGUCGCUGACUCAGGGAGACCCUGUGACUGAUGAGAGCAUGGGGCGUGUGAUGGUGUGUGCGGUGAUAGUGAGAGGAGAGCUCGAUGGGACCACUGCCACUCUGGCACUGUCCACUCUCGAUGGCUCUGCCAUUAACACUGAGGACUAUGUGGCUGUGGACUCAGAGCCCCUGUUGCUGGGACCAGUGGCUGUAGCUGGAGACAGUGUCUGUGGGACUGUUCCACUGAUUGAUGAUGAGAUAUCUGAACCGAUGGAGUCAUUUUCGGUCACACUAGAGUCUGAGUCCAACAACACUAGUGUUGAGGGCACUUCCAGGGCCAGAGUUACAAUUCUCGAUGAUGAUAGU